AUGUUGGCUACAAUAUGGUUAUCACUGGCGCUUUUCGACACGGCUCAAGCUGACAUAAUGGGUCUUCUCCGAUGCUCCGGCAGCGAAGUGAGAACUCUAAACUUUUCUGGAAACUCACGGAUUCUCCCUUCAGAAAGAUCCGAUGACCAAGCUGCAGCUGUUUUGGCCAGCGUUUAUGGUCUUCGAGCGGCGUUUGAAGCACGGCGACUGGGUCCGACUAUCUUUCGCGUUUCGUCGUGAGGUCUCUAUCGAGUACGUAGUACCUUUCAAGAGGUCAAGUACAACUUGAAGAGUUCAGCUCGGCGCUCGACUUUCGGAAGUACGACAGAAGACUGAGUUUAGACGAGAACAUCGUCACGCUGCAUAUGCGCUUCAUCGAGAAGGAAAAUCGUCUCAGCAUCAAUGCCCAUGACGUCUGUUUUCUACCGUGACUCGAGAAAAGAGUCUGGUUCAGACGCCGGGAGUCUGGCAGAACAACGAGCAGUCCAUCCCGUGGCGGGAAAACUGGAAGCGUGGCUCCCUUCUCAAAAUCGAAAUUCGGUUAGUUUUUUUUUCGGAUUUUUUUCCUCCUCCUGUCUGAAUGUAAGCAAUUGGUUUCCAGCUACCGCAAUUCUAUGUUCGAAAUCUACGAAAUGACGUCGAUGGGCACCUUGUUGAUCUCGAAAUUCUUGAAUCGACACCGGGACACGGAGUUAAUAACCGCGACGGGCGACUUCUUCUACAUCACCGAGGCCCAAUUAAUUUGCUACGGCAACGAUCCUGACGUCGGGCGUUAG